AUGUUCUCAGUCGAAUUAGAAAAUCGAUCAGGUUAUAAAAAAAGGAAGAAAAAGAAAUCGAAGAAUAAAAGUACUGGUCAGAAUAAAUUUACAGACCAAAAUAAUAUAUCAGAAAGGAAAGAAGAAGGAGUUGAUAUGAAAUGUGAUCAUAAUAUUCUGAGGGAUAUACAACAUGAUGGUAAAUAUAAUAUAAUAAAUGAACAAAUUAAGGAGAAUCCAUCGUUAUAUUUUAAAUAUAAAGAGAAAAUUAAUUUGGAAGAUGAUAAUAUAACAUUGGAUGAUAAAAAUAUAACAAUGGAUGAUGAAAAUAUAACAUUGAAUGAUAAAAAUAUAUCAUCAGAUGAUAAAAAUAUAACUUUUGACGUUGAUAAAAUAUUAAACCAUCAACAUAAUACAUCAAAUAGUGAUAUAUCUAUAAAUUGUAGUAAUAAUAAUGAUGAUGAAAUAAAAGAAAGUAUAAAUAAACAAGAUAAAAAGGAUGUUUUAAUAAGUGAUUAUAUAAAUAAUAAAUAUGUUUUAUCAAAAAAUAAGACAUGUAAAAUAAAUAAAGGAAAAAAAUUAAUUAAAAAAAAAGUAAAUAAAAUUUCUAAGAGGAAGGAUCAUAUAUUAUAUAAAUGUCAUAAUAAGUUAUAUAAUGUUGACGUUUUUUCUCAAGGUACUAAAAAUGCAGUCAAUGUGUGUAAUUCGUUAAUUAUACUUCAUAAGAAUGAUAAUAUUAAUAUGGAUAAUAAUGAUGAUUAUGACGAUAUAUAUACAAAAAAUAACAAUAUUGAAGAUAUUAAUUAUACAAAUGAUAAUGUCAUUAAUCCUAUGUGUGGUUAUUACCCCAUAGGUGAUGACGAUGCAUUAAGCAAAGGUGAAAUUAAAAAGUCAAAUGGAAAAAUCAAUUCCCUAUCUAAUUUUGAUGAUACUAUUAAUGUAAAUAAAAAUGAUAUACCUAUUAUAAAUGAUAUAAAAAAUAUAGAUAUAAUAAGUAAUAAAGAAAAUAUAGAUAUAAUAAGUAAUAAAGAAAAUAUAGAUAUAAUAAGUAAUAAAGAAAAUAUAGAUAUAAUAAGUAAUGAAGAAAAUAUAGAUAUAAUUAGUAAUAAAGAAAAUAUAGAUAUAAUAAAUAAUAAAGAAAAUAUAGAUAUAAUAAGUAAUAAAGAAAAUAUAGAUAUAAUAAGUAAUAAAGAAAAUAUAGAUAUAAUAAGUAAUGAAGAAAAUAUAAAUAUAAUAAGUAAUGAAGAAAAUAUAAAUAUAAUAAGUAAUAAAGAAUGUUGUUAUAAUGAUGAACAGAAGGAAGAGAAAAAUAACAUUUUUAAUUCAAAUUUCGUAGAAGAAAAAAAAAAAAAAAUGAUUUGUAAUUCUCUUAAUGUAUUACCAAUAGAUAGAUUACUUAAAAAUGGACAUGAUGAAAUUAAUAAGGAGGUAUGUAAAAAAAAAAAAAGUUUUUUUUUUAGUUAUAGUGAUAUAAAGUCUAAAAUGUUAUACAAUAAUAAAAAUUAUUCAAAGAAAGAAAAAGCAUUAUAUACAAAUAAUAAAAACAAUAAUACGUUCAUUCCUAUAUUUUUAAAUAAGAUAGGAGACAAGAUUAAUAACACUGAGGAUAUAUAUGAUAUGUAUAAUAAAAAAAAUAUGUAUACACAUGAUAAGAAGAUAUAUAAUAAUAUGUAUUCUAAUAACUUAAAAAAGAAAUAUUAUUAUAGCACUACUAAUAUAAAAUUAUUAAAUGAUAAUAUGGGAAGGGUAUUAGAUAAUAGGCUACAUUUAUCAAAUAAUAUGUAUCAUGAUUUACAUUCAAAUUCGUUAUAUAAAAAUGUCAUGUUGAUUAAUAACAAUGUUUUUUUUUAUAAAAAGAGGAAAAGUAAUAGUAAUAAUAAUAGUAAAAAAAAUCAUAUGAUAAUUAAUAAAAAAGUAUCAUCUUAUAAUAUUUUUUAUAAAGAAAGGAAUGAUUCAUUUAAAGAGAAUUUUUUAUUUUUAAAAGAGAAAAUCUUAACAUCGAAAAAAGAUACUUGCGUAUUUGAAGAAAGGCAAAAAGAUCUUUUUGAAAAAAGUAAUGAACAUAUUAAAUGUGUUUCUUCUUUUAAUAAUAUACGAGAUAAUAUUUCUUCAUAUUCAAGAGUAAAUAAGAAAGGAUAUUUUUUCCCUUUAAAAAAUAAUUCUAUAGGACAUAUACCAAAAGAAAGUAAUAUAAUAUAUACACCUAGGACAUCGUUUAAUCAUGUAAAGGAUAAUGAAAAUAUUGCUCAUCUUAAAAAAAAAGAAAUAAAUGAUAAGAAUGCAUCUAGUUCUUAUUUAAUAAACCAGAAUAUAACAACAUAUACAUUACAAAGUGAAGUAAAUAAAAAUUUAAAUAUGUUAGGAGUAAGAGAUUCUAUUUAUAAAAUAGAUGAAAGGAACAAUAUGUUGAAAGAAUGUUAUAAUGGAAAUAAUAAUAAUAAUAAUAAUAAUAAAAAAAAAAAGAAAAAAAAAAAAUUGUCUUUUUCAUGUGAUAUUAUAAAUGAUAAUAUUACACCUGAUGAAUCAGAUAAGGAGAAAGAUAUUUCUAAUAAUGUUAAGAGUAUGGAAAUAUUUAAUUAUGUAAAAAUAAAAGGCAAUUUUUAUAAUAAUUUAUCUUCAAACAAGGAUCCUAUCCCAAAUAUUCAUAAUAAAUAUCAUAGUGAAGACUAUUUAAAUAUACAUAGGACAAAUAAAAUAUAUGGAAUAAAUAAUGAAAAAUAUAGAAAUUAUAAAUUGUAUAGUAUGGAUGAAAUAUUUAAGAUGUCUCGUAAGGAAAAGAAAUAUAUAAAUAAUAUUUCUAAUAAUAUAGGAAGGGUAACAUAUAAAAAUGAUAUGAGGAAUGAAAAGAUAAAUCAGAUGGAAGAUCUAUUAUACCCUUGUGACAAAAAUAAAUCUUUAAACAUUACUUGUCCUGUUAUAAGAGAAAAUAAUAUAUCAAAAGAAGAAAUUAAAAAAAAUUCAAGUGCUAUAUUAAAUAAAAGGAAUAAUGGGUUUAUGUUUAAUAAUGUUGGAAGAUUACAUUAUCAUAUGGACAAAAUGAACAGUCAAGAUAAAAUAUAUGACCAAGGAAAUAUAAAACAAAAUGAAGAACAAACAAUCAAUUAUAAUGAAUAUACAUCAAUGGAGGAAAGAAAUAAAUAUGAUAAUAAAUGUAUUAGAAAUUUGGAUGACUAUAAAUAUGAAGAAGUGUUGAGUUACCACCAUACGUUGGAUGGAGACAAAAAAAAUAAUUAUAUGAACAAUUUGAUAGAUAUGAAUAAUGCGGGAAUUAUUGAAACGAUGAAUGGAGUUAUUGAUAAUAUUAUAUUGAAUAGAAAAAAUAUGAACAGUACGAAGGAUAUGGAAUUGGAGAUGAAGAAUGAGAUGAAGAAUGAAAUAAAAAAUGACAUAAAAGAUGAGAUAAAAAAUAAUAUAGAUAUAGAAAUUGAGCAUGAAAUUGAAAGACAAAUUGAGAAUGAAAUUGAAAGACAAAUUGAGAAUGAAUUAGAAAGAGAAAUUGCGAAUGAAAUAAAUAUUUAUAAAAAGAACGAAACAUAUAUGAAUAAUGACAAAGAAAUAGAUAUUGUAAAUGAGGAGAAAAAACAUAUCUAUCCAUUUAAUUACGAAUCUAAGAUACAUGAAAAUAUGAAUAUAUCAAUUAAUAUAAAUAAUUCUAAAGAUUGUCAUAAUAAUAUAUUAAAAGAAUAUGUAGAAAACGUUUCUCUUGUUCAAAAGGAGGAGAAUAUAUUUCAACCUUUAUUCAAUUUAAAUAAGAAAGAAAAAGUAUGGAAACGUUUUAAUAUAAAGAAUAAUAUAAAGACAAUAAUAAAUAAUGAAGAAAUGAAAAGAAUAUAUCAAAUUAUUAAUAAAAAUGUUUUUCCUAUUUAUAAUUUUAAUGAAAAUAAAAAUUUUUUAAUAAAUCAUUUAACAUAUAAUUUUCCAAAAAAAAAUGAUUUAUUUAAAUUAUCAUACAAUGUAAGUAUGAAUAAUAUAAAGAAUUAUUAUACUGCUAAUAGAUAUAUAAAUAAUAAUUUUGAUUAUAUGAAUAGAUUAUUUAGUCAAAAUAUAUAUACAUUAAAAUAUCAGGUAGCUAAUAUAGAUAAUGAUCAUAUAUAUAAAGAAGGGGGAGGGGUGGAUUAUAUAAAUAUGAAUAUAUCAAAAGAAUGUAAAAAUAAUAAAGAUAAAAUAUAUUUAAAUAAAAUAUUUCAUUAUAAGAAGAAAAAGGAUUCACGCUUUAUUAUAAAUGAUGAAAUUGGUUCUAAUGAUUAUAUAGAUAAUAUAAAAAAACAAUAUAAUAAUGAUGAAAAUAAUUAUAAAUCAAGAGAAACUAUGAAGAUAUCUAUAUCAAAUGAUGAAGAUAUGAUUACUAAUUUAGAUGUUGAACAUGAAAAUAAUUUUCCAAGUUGUCAAGCGAACUUAUUAGAAAAAAAAAGUACUUAUAUAGAUUUGAAUUUAUAUGAUAGUAAUGGUAUGGAUGAUUUUAGAGAAGAAAAAUAUAAUUUUAUUAAUAAUGAAAAUGAUUUAUUCAAUGCUAAAAGGUGGAAAUUUAAUUUUUCUAAGGGUAAAAAUCUUUUUAAUAAUAAGUUGUUUAAUGUAGCUAAUGAGGAUGGUUUGUUUUCUUUUUUUAAAAAUAUGAAUAUUUUUAAGGAACUUAAUAAAUCAAAUAAUAGCUUAAAAUUGGAAGUAAUAAAAAAUAGUAAUAAUAAUUGUAUGAACAAUAAGGGUGAUGAUAAUAGUUCAAAUAUGGAGCAUAUGAAUACAACAAACAUGACAAUUACGAGUGAUGAGCAUACAUCAACAAAGGGAGAAAUACAUGAUGAAUCAUUUUAUAGAGAUGAUAAUGAUUGUAGCCAUUUAAAAAUUCAAGGUAGAAGUAAAAAAGACAGUGACAUAACUUUAUAUAAUGAGGAUAAAAGUAAUUUUGAGAAUGAUAAUGAGACUAUUAAUGAAUAUGAAAAUAUGUAUAGUAACAUAGAUAUAAAUGAAUGGAAAGAUAAGAUAAAUGUUGCAUGUAAUAGUAUUGUUGAUAAAGAGACUGAAGAUGAUACUGAAAAAAAUAAUGAUAUAGAAAAGAAUAAUAUAAAGGAUAAUAAUUUGGGAGAAGAGAAUAAACAUAUAGAUAUUAUGAAUAAUAGGAUUAAUAUUGAUAGUGUUAAUAAUGAUGAAAAUAAAAAUAACAAUGACAAUGACAAUGACAAUAAAAAUAACAAUAAUAAUGAUAAUAGUAAUGGUGAAGGUAUAAAAGUGAUUAAAAAUAUCAAAAGUGAAAUGAAUGAUUAUAUAUAUAAUCAUAAUAUUAUGAUUAAGAUAAAUAAUAAAAGUAUAGAUCUUAUGAAUGAAAAAAAUCAAAAGAAUGAACCUUUUUUAAAUUAUGCAAAUGAAAAGGAUAUACAUAUUAAGAGUAAUUCUUCAUAUAAUAUAAAUGAUAAAAUGAAAUUAUUUAAUAAUAAUGAGAAAACAGAAAAAAAGCAUAUUAGUUUAAACGAGUUCUUAUAUAACAAAAAAGAAGAAUUAGAUGAUGAAAAAAUAUCUGAAUAUAAGGAUACAAAUUUAACAAACAAUACAUUUGAAGAUAUAGCUAAAAGGAUUAAUUUAAUUUUGAAUGAUACUAUUGAAUUUUUUCAAAAAAAUACAUAUCUUCAUAAUGGAUAUGGUAAUGUGCAAGUAUGCAAAAAGAACAAGAGGAAAUUAGAAAAAAAAAAGUUGAAAAAAUGGUCCUGUAUUUAUAAAAUUAAUAAAAUUAUACGUAAGGGGGCCCAUGGGGUUGUAUUUUCUGCGUGGCGAAGUGAGAAUGUUGAAUUUUUUAAUCCUGAGUUUUUUGAAAAAAUAUAUACGGAGAAUAAAAAGAAGGGAUAUAUCGAAGAAUCAAAUAUUAAUGAAAAUUAUGAGUGUGAUAAUGAAUAUGAUAAUGAUGAAGAGGAGACUGAAAGUGAUGAUGAUGAUGAGCAAAAUAAAGAGAAUGAAAAAAGUGAUGAGAAGUGUGGAUAUGUAUUAUUAGAAAAUGGUAACAAAAAUGAAAAGAUGCACGAAUUGGAUGAAAAUGAAAAGAUGCACGAAUUGGAUGAAAAUGAAAAUAUGAACGAAUCGGAUGAGAAUGAAAAUAUGAACGAAUCGGAUAAGAAUGAACAAAUAAAUGUAGCUAAUAAUAAUAAACAAAUAAAUGUAGCUAAUAAUAAUGAACAAAUAAAUGAAGUUAAUAAUAAUGAACAAAUAAAUGAAGCUAAUAAUAAUGAAAAAAUAAAUGAAGCUAAUAAUAAUGAACAAAUAAAUGAAGCCAAUAAUAAUGAACAAAUAAAUGAAGCUAAUCAUAAUGAACAAAUAAAUGAAGCUAAUAAUAAUGAACAAAGAAAUGAAGCUAAUAAUAAUGAACAAAUAAAUGAAGCUAAUAAUAAUGAAAAAAUAAAUAACGUCAACUAUCAUAAUAUAAUUCAAAAUACUUAUAAUGAUGACGAUUAUUAUGAUGAAGAUAAUUUGGUGUCCCUGAAAAUAAUAAACUUAAAAUAUUUAAGUAAAAAGAAUAGUUUAAAAAACAUUUUGAGAGAAGUAAAUUUUUUACAAAUGUGUAAACAUCCCAAUAUAGUAAAAUAUUACGAAUCUUUUUUUUGGCCUCCUUGUUAUUUAGUUAUUGUAUGUGAAUAUUUAUCAGGAGGAACUUUAUAUGAUUUAUAUAAAAAUUAUGGUAGGAUAUCAGAAGAUCUGUUAGUAUAUAUAUUAGAUGAUGUAUUGAAUGGUUUAAAUUAUUUACAUAAUGAAUGUAGUUUAUCUCUUAUACAUAGAGAUAUAAAACCAACAAAUAUCGUUCUUUCUAAAGAUGGUAUAGCUAAGAUAAUUGAUUUUGGUUCUUGUGAAGAAUUGAAAAAUAUUCAUAAGUCUAAAGAAUUAGUAGGUACUAUAUAUUAUAUAUCACCUGAAAUAUUAAUGAGAACUAAUUAUGAUUGUUCAUCUGAUAUAUGGUCAUUAGGGAUUACAAUAUAUGAAAUUGUUUUAUGUACUUUACCAUGGAAAAGAAAUCAAUCAUUUGAAGAUUAUAUAAAAACUAUAAUUAAUUCAUCGCCAAAAAUUAAUAUAACCGAAGGAUUUAGUAAGCACUUAUGUUAUUUUGUUGAGAAGUGUUUACAGAAGAAACCUGAGAACAGAGGAAAUGUAAAAGAUUUAUUAAAUCAUAAAUUUCUGAUUAAAAAGAGAUAUAUUAAAAAGAAACCUAGUUCUAUAUAUGAAAUAAGAGAUAUAUUAAAAAUAUAUAAUGGUAAAGGUAAAACGAAUAUCUUCCGAAAUUUCUUUAAGAAUCUUUUUUUCUUCAAUGAUAAGAAUAAAAAAAAAAAAACAAAUAAAAUGAUAAGUUCCAAAUCUUGUGAUGCAGAAAUGUUCUUUGAACAGUUAAAAAGAGAAAAAUUUGAUUUUUUUGAAAUUAAAUUAAAAGAUGAUGAAAAUACUAGAUCCUUGAAUACAUUCAAUAUAAAUCUAUCUAAAGAAAGAGACGACAUAUCAUAUUCUUCUUCAAAUUUGGAAAAAACAAAACAGCAGAAUCUCAAAUUGGUAGCCUCUGUUGUCGCGACUGAACAAUCACACAAAUGA